AUGGAUUCUACUAAACUUCAUGACCACUAUGGAUUCUCCCACAAACAACGACAAAUACACCGUAACUUCGUUAAGAAUUGUAAACCAGCGACAGCUCAUUUCAAUAUUUUACAAAGAGUUACUGCUGGGUUAUCAGCACUGCACCAGCAGCUGCUUGUGCAGCAGAAUAAAGUCUUGUCACCACACGUCGCUGUGAAUGCGCCCGUCGAUGGAGUACGAAGUAAUAAUUCCACAUAUAGUAUCAACGCGAAUCAUCAAGGUGAAGGAUCGUUUUGUCAAGCUGUAUGUGCCGAAGAUUUAUAUUAUCUUGAGAGACGCUUAGUUGCAAUUAAAAUCAUGGCUCCAAAAUUUAAUGCAAUUGGAAUACAGGAGUGCAAGACUCUUCGUUAUCUAAACAAACACGAUAACAAUGACAAUACUCAUAUUGUUAAACUUAUCAAUACAUUUAUGGUUGGCAAACAUUUUUGUCUGGUAGUUGAUUAUUAUCAAGGAGGCACGCCAAAACUUCCUCGCAUAGCAAAUGAAGAAUAUCGAUUACAGGUGCUUCGAAAGUUGACGUGUCAACUUUUGACAGCUUUGAUGUACAUAAGACAUAUGGGGAUUUUGCAUGCGGAUCUUAAAUUAGAUAAUAUAAUCUGUACAACGGCUGCUACUUUAGAGUUGAGAGUCGUUGACUUUGGUAACGCAAUGAGUUUGGAUGAGAUCCGUAAUUACUUUGAAACAUUUGAGGUUCAAACUCUUGCUUACAGAGCACCGGAGGUACUUAUGGGACUUCCAUUCGGGUUCGAAAUUGACAUGUGGUCUUUUGGGUGUAUUGUUUGUGAAUUAUGGCUUGGACAUCCUUUAUUUUAUAGUUCUAGUAAACAAGGAAUGAUUAGAGAGAUCGUGCAGUUGCUAGGCCCUUUUCCGGAUUCGAUAUAUGCGAAUGGCAAAUUUUUUGCAAAAUACAAUAUUAAAUCCGAUUUAAUAUCAAUGAAUCUAAAUGGCAAUGAUAAAAACAUGUUAGUGUAA